CCUGAGUAGCCGGAAGCGAGCAUGGCGGCCGCCGGGGCCGCGGGGGCCGCGGCUACGGAUCUAGAGGUGAUCCGGGGCAAACGCGCCGCCCUCUUCUUCGCUGCGGUUGCCAUCCCGCUGGGACUGCCGCUGUGGUGGAAGACCACGGAGACGUACCGGGCCCCUCUGCCUUAUGCCGAGAUCAGUGGGCUGAACGCCCUGCAGCUACGGCUCAAGGUGCCAGUUACUGUGGUGUUUACCCGGGAUUCAGUGCCUCUGGACGACCAGGAGAAGCUACCUUUCACGGUUGUGCACGAAAGAGAGAUCCCUCUGAAAUACAAAAUGAAAAUCAAAUGCCGUUUCCAGAAGGCCUAUCGGAGAGCUUUGGACUAUGAGGAGGAAGCCCUAUCAUUGAGCAGUGUGCAUGAGGCAAAAGCCAUGUUAGCCGAGCCUCAGGACCAAGCAGAGGGCUCCCUGACUGUGUAUGUGAUCUCUGAAAACUCUUCACUCCUUCCCCAGGACAUGAUGAGCUACAUUGGGCCUGAGAGGACAGCAGUUGUACGGGGGAUAAUGCACCACGAGGCUUUUAACAUCAUUGGCCGUCGUGUGAUCCAAGUAGCCCAGGCCAUGUCUUUGACUGAGGAUGUGCUUGCUGCUGCUCUAGCUGACCAUCUUCCAGAGAACAAGUGGAGCUCUGAUAACAGGCGGCCUCUCAAGUCCAGCUUGGGGUAUGAGAUCACCUUCAGUUUACUCAAUCCAGACCCCAAAUCCCAUGAUGUCCACUGGGACAUAGAGGGGGCUGUCCAGCGCUAUGUGCAGCCCUUCCUGAAUGCCCUCAGUGCUGUUGGCAACUUCUCUGUGGACUCCCAGAUCCUUUACUAUGCCGUGUUGGGGGUAAACCCUCGCUUUGACCCAGCCUCAUCCAGCUACUACUUGGGCAUAAAUAGCCUCCCCCAUGUGAUUAACCCUGUAGAGUCCCGUCUGGGAUCCAGUGCUGCCUCCUUGUAUCCUGUGCUCAACUUCCUACUCUAUGUGCCUGAGCUGGUCCACUCCCCGCUAUACAUUCAGAACAAAAAUGGGGUUCCAAUGCCUACAAACGCCUUCCACAGUCCCCGCUGGGGUGGCAUUAUGGUAUAUAAUGUUGACCCCCAAACCUAUAAUGCCUCUGAGCUGCCAGUGAGAGUGGAGGUGGACAUGGUGCAAGUGAUGGAAGUGUUCCUGGCUCAGUUGCGGCUGCUCUUUGGGAUUGCUCAGCCCAAGGUGCCUCCAAAAUGUCUUCUUUCAGAGUUUAAGAGUGAAGGACUAAUGACUUGGGAGCUCGACCGGCUGCUCUGGGCUCGGUCAGUGGAGAAUCUGGCCACAGCCACCACCACCCUCACCUCCUUGGCUCAGCUUCUGGGCAAGAUCAGCAACAUUGUCAUCAAGGAUGAUGUGGCGUCUGAGGUGUAUAAGGCUGUGGCUGCAGUCCAGAAGGCAGCAGAGGAGUUGGCCUCUGGGCACUUGUCAUCUGCCUUUGUCGCCAGCCAAGAAGCAGUGACAUCCUCUGAAUGUGCCUUUUUUGAUCCUUCACUCCUCCACCUCCUCUAUUUCCCUGAUGACCAGAAAUUUGCCAUCUACAUCCCACUCUUCUUACCUAUGGCUGUGCCCAUCCUCCUGUCACUGGUCAAGAUAUUCCUGGAGACCCGGAAGUCCUGGAAAAAGCCUGAGAAGAUAGACUGAGAGGGAAGCAUCUUAGUAGAAAGCCUUCCUUUCUGGCCAGUGUGGGAGGUGGUGGGUUGAGAAGCAUCU